CUAACUUGGACUUUUAAUUAGAUUGGUCAAUCAUUUUUACUUCUUCCAAGAAAUUCUCCAAUUGUCUGUAUCUUUUUCCUUAUAUAUAGCGGACAUGAAUAAACAAGAGAGAAAUUUUCUUUUAGCACCCUUUAUACAUUGAAAAUUUCACUUGAAAUUAAAUACUACAACCAUUAUAGGUCUUGUUGAAGGUCGGUAUAAUCCUUAAUUUCCAGCUUGAAGGCUUAAAUUAUGGCAGCAAAUAUUGAUGGUAUCCAAGAAAAAGAAAUGUCCAAAAUGGAAGAAGGCAUCAAUAAUAUUUAUUCGUCGUCCCAAUCAAACAUUAGCCGUGGAAACACUAGUAGCGCAGAAUUUUGUUCAUCACCUAACGUUGUAACUGUUGUACAAAAGUUGGUUGCCGAAGCAAUUGGCACGUUCUUCAUUAUAUUUGCCGGAUGUGGAUCAGUUGCGGUGAAUAAAUUGUACGAUGAAAGUAUAACGUUUCCAGGAGUAUGCGUUACAUGGGGCCUAAUUGUGAUGGUCAUGAUUUACUCUGUGGGACACGUAUCGGGUGGUCAUUUUAAUCCUGCUGUCACAAUCACUUUCACCAUCUUUCGUCAAUUUUCAUGGAAACUAGCACCUUUGUACAUAAUAGCUCAGGUAACAGGGUCGAUUCUUGCAAGCGGCACAUUAGCCUUAUUGUUGGACGUGACUUCAAAAUCUUAUUUUGGUACACUUCCAGUUGGAUCUAAUGGACAAUCUUUGGCUAUUGAAAUCAUCAUUUCAUUCCUCCUUAUGUUCGUAAUUUCCGGAGUUUCCACAGAUGAUAGAGCGGUAGGACAACUUGAUGGAUUGGCAGUUGGAAUGACGAUAACUUUGAACGUCUUUGUUGCCGGGCCAAUUUCAGGAGCAUCAAUGAACCCAGCAAGGAGCAUUGGUCCAGCUAUUGUGAAGCAAGUCUAUAAAGGUCUCUGGGUGUAUAUAAUUGGGCCACUCACAGGAACUGUGGCAGGAGCAUUUGUAUACAACUUAAUUAGAUUUACAGAUAAACCACUUCUUCAACUAGUUAAAAUUGGAUCCUUUCUUCGAAAUUAAGAUUAAUGUAAAAUAAUUCAAAUAAGUAUUUAGAUUAUAGGGUGAAUAUAUUUUUCACUUUUUGUAAAUCUCUUCUAUGAUUCAAAACAAUAACGAAACGUGUAGCAUGAACUUCUACAUUGUACAUCUUUUGAUUAAAAAAUUUAAUUUUA